CAGGAGGAGCACCCUGAUUACAAGACAGCUGGUCUUCAAUCCACUGGCGAUCAUCCCGUAUCUUAUCCCGGUCAGACAACACAAGUACCCACCAUAGAUGUUCCUACAUCUAACCCAUACCUUCCAUACGGAUCUAUGCCCCCGAUAUAUCCCUACCCAGCAGGAUAUGGCCCACCAACCUAUCCAUCGUUCCACGGCCAUCAGCAGAUUCCAGGACAACCAAGUAUGAACAUCCAAGAGGAUGACUCUGCACAUCAUCCUCCACAUCCUCCUCCUCCGUAUGAUACUGUUUAUCCUGGAGACACGACUCCAUCGAAAGAACUGCAAACCUCAGAAACUACAGAUAGUGAGGACCGUUCUCAACCACAGGAAAAUUUGUCAGCCUCGCCAGCACCCUCUGAAGAAGUGACCUAUCCAAACAACCCCCCUCAAAGCCCCUACCCAUUUCCACAUGGAGAAUCUCAUCCACAAGCACAGAUUCCACAACCAGCAGAGGUCCAGUACCCACACCCUGCCAUUAAGAGAGAUUUUCCCAGUCAACAAGCUUCAGGAUCUGGACAAAUGCCAACAUAUCCGGAAUACAUGACCACGUCGAAAGAGAAGAAACCUCAUGGCACAGAUAGUGAGGACCGUUCUCAACCACAAGAAGAUUCAUCAGCCUCGACAGCACAGGCACAACUUGGAGACCAGACCCAACCUCCACCAGAUGUUCCCAAUCCAAACUCAUCCUCUCAUGGACCUUAUCCCCAUCUACAAGCUCCAGGACCUGGACAACUGCCCACAUAUCCGGGACACAUGACCACACCGAAAGAGAAGCAACCUUCUGGCACAGAUAACGAGGGCCGUCCACAACCACAAGAACAUUCAUCAGCAUCUGCAGCACCCUCAAGUGGAACCGGAUUUUUCUACCCCGGGCCCCCUUACCAGUUCCUAGCACCUCAAGGUCAGAAUCAACCACCAAAUUCUGUCUAUCAAUAUCGCUUUCCCCCACCACAAGCUUCGGGACCUCGACAGCCUCCCGGCUUUCACCCCAGACAUCCAUACGUUUACCGAUAUCCUGGGUACCCGUACCCUUCCAUGCAUUCUUACAUGCCGCCACCGCCGCCACACCAAUGGCCUUAUCCUUACCCAUGGCUAGACCAUGGACAAUAUCCCGGUCAACACGUGCCCGCAACCGAGCCACCUCAAGGGGGAGAAGAGUCUACCAUGCCACCGAUGGAUCAACAAGAAGAAAUGGACACAGAGGAAGAAACCUUGCUGAAACACGACUCUACUGAGAUGUCUCCUGUCGAUGUGGAGGAAGAGCAAGAAGGGAUCAUCGGUGAUCACGAAAGUCCAAUUCCAGUCCCCCAAACUGAAGAAGGUCAACUGUACAUGAAACCAAAUGAAGAGGAUCGGCCUGGUGUGCCACAGGAGAGCGAAGAGGAAAAUACAGAUGAUCCAGCAGAUGAACAGAACAAGACAGUGGCAGUCGAGGUAACAGGCUUAACAGGAGACGAGUUCGAGGAGAGGAAGGACGUCCUUCGUCUCUACUUUGAGAACACAAAGCGGUCCGGUGGUGGGGACAUCUCCCAGUUUGACAUAGAUUCCGAGAAGGAACGCAUUCUAAUCACCUUCAAAGACAAGGAAGUUCCAGGACGCGUCGUGCAGAAGUCAACCCAUGACGUUGGGAAAAGGAAGCUGAAAGUACGAAUAGUCAAGCCUCGCCCAGAGUUGCCAGUAGAUUCAACUCGAAUCCUACUGAGAGGUUUGGUUGACAAGGUCGAGGAAGAAACCUUGCUUCUCUACCUUGAAUCUAUGAGCAAGUUUCAAGACGAACCGUUUGAGGUGUUCUGCGGAAAAGACCCUGGGACUGUCAUGGUGACUUUUACAGAGCCGAUUUCAGACCUUGACUCACUCCUGGCGAGAUGUGAGGGAAGAGAACUAGAACAACAGACGAUAUCUGCUGAGAAAGUGCACGUCACGGACUGCAUCCAAGUGACUGAAAUCCCUCCAAAAACAUCUGAAGACAAUCUCCGUUACUACUUCGACAAUACUAAACGAAGUGGGGGAGGUUCUGUGGCCGAUGUUCAGCUGGACAAAGACCGCGGCACUGCCCUGGUGUCCUUUGAUGACCAUACUGUGAUUGAACGUGUUUUGAACAAGAAUCACAAAAUACAGAAGACGAAAGUGACCGUGGAGCCAUUUUACACCUGCCUUGGUGCAACAAUACCAAUAGCCUCAUUUGAGAUGGCCUGCGAACAGUUGAAAAAAGCCCAUGAGAAUCCAAGACCGGUCCCACCUCAACAAAUGCGGCUUCAUAUGCCACGGGAAGGCGAAGAGACAAUGCGAGAUGAUCAAGCAGAGGAAGAGGACAAGACAGUGGCGGUCGAAGUGACAGGCCUAACUGGAGACGAACUUGAGAAGAUGCAAGACGUGCUUCGUUACUACUUUGAGAACACAAAACGAUCCGGUGGUGGUGACAUCUCCCAGUUCGACAUGGACACCGAGAAGGGGCACCUUCUCAUCACUUUCGAGGACAUGGAAGCCCCAGGACGGGUCAUGCAGAAGUCACCACAUGAGGUUGGAAGAAAGAAGCUGAAAGUCCGGACUGUCAAGCCCCGGCCAGAAUUGCCAGUAGAUCCGACCCGGAUCCUCCUGAAAGGCGUCGUUGACACGGUCACUGAAGAAACCCUGUUCCUCUUCCUCGAGGCAAUGAGCAGGGGCCAGAACGAACCGUCUGAGAUUUUCUACGGAAAAGAUGUUGGCACUGUCAUGGUAUCUUUCACCGAGCCGAUUUCAACUCUAGACACGCUCUUGGCGAGAUGUGAGGGAAGAGAACUAGAACAACAGACGAUAUCCGCCGACAAAGUGCGCGCCACAAACUGCAUCCAAGUGACGGGAAUCCCUCCGAAAGCCUCCAAAGACAACCUGUAUUACUACUUCGAGAAUACAAGGCGAAGCGGCGGCGGUCCUGUGGCAGAAGUCGAACUGGACAAAGACCAAGGCACAGCCCUGGUACUCUUCGACGACCACAACGUGAUUGAACGUGUCUUGAAACAAGCUCACACCAUACAGAAGAAGAAAGUGAAUGUGGAACCAUUUUACACCUGCCUGGGUGCAACAGUCACCGAAGCAAAAACACCACCACAGCUGGUGCCUCUUCCAAUCACCGUUAACGUCACUCAUUUGAUAGCUUCAUUCGUCAUGACGCACGGGCAGUUCAAGCAAGCUCUAGAUGAUGCAAUGGAGGAGGUCUACUCAUUCAUCACUUGGCCUGUCGGAGGUGACCAAUCAUGUAUGGAGAUCGCCCCAACACUGACAAAGAAGUCUCCGAAUCUGGCGGGCAUCGCCGAGAACUGGGCUUCUAACGCAAGGGACGGACUGAAGAAUUUCCUGGCACGCUUUGAUACAAAGGAGAUCGCCGAUGUCAUGCAAGCAUCCUGGCCACAGGUCUGUAAACUCAUUGAUGAUGACACCUUGAAGGACGAUGAUAAGAUCAGCGUACGCAGCACAAGCGACAGAAAGGUCACCUUCAUCGGCCUUAAAGAUAGCGUGGCCAAGCAUUACCAAAUCGUCAUGGAAGGGAAGAGGAAAAUAGAAGGGGACAUCAAAAGGAAACAGUCAGAAGUGGACGAGACUGUCAGCACACUCAAGGCCGAACAAGUCAGACUCUUAACGAUGUCCAACUUCAAAGAAAGGAUGACGAGCAAGUUUCCCAAGCUGCAGAUGUCGUUUGACACCAAUGGAAGCAAGGUCAAGUUUCAUGGUCUUUUGGACGAGAUCCAACAAACGAAAAUGAGCAUGUAUGAAACAGUCCAAGGAGUAAUCUCACAGCGUGUCAAGCUGUCUCCUACUUUGAUCUCCUUCUUAGCCAACGCAAAGGAACCCAAGCAACACCUUCUCGGUGAAUACAAGCGAGCUUCUGUGGUAGCCGUGAUUACGACUACUGCAGGUGAAGUACAAGUCUACGGCCUAAGUGACGGUGACGUGAAGAAGGCAAUCUCUAUCCUAAACAACACAUUUCAAGAGCAACGCCUUGAUGUCCCCCACCAAUCUACCCCGGUACUACGUUCUGAGGAAUGGAAGACUACAAAGACAGCUCUGGAACAAAGCGCUCAAGGUUUGUUGAAGAUAUCAGUGGAGAGCAAUGCAGACUCAGGAGCAACUAAAAUCUUAUUCACCGGUGCCUCUGCAUUUGUCAAAGACAUCAAGGAUAGAGUGGAGACGUACCUUCGAGUCAAGACAAUCUAUGAGCAGCAAGUAGAAGUCGAUGACGGGAAAAUCCGCUUUAUAAAAGAGCACCAGGCAGCCAACCUGCAAGUCCAGCUGGAGACGCACCAAGUAUCCCUCCUCUUUGACGGAAGUGAAGAAAGUCCAACAAUGAGCAUUAAAGGAAACAGCGAUGGCAUUCAAAAAGCUGACCCCAUUCUGAAAUCUUACAUCGAGAGUGUGAUCAGUGACCAGAUGUCCAUCAAAAAGCCCGGCAUGUCCAAGCACUUCAGAGAAGAUUCGGGCAGAUCUACACUACAGCAUGUGGAGAGGAAGUGCAAGUGCGUCAUAAACAUACAGGAUGCCAUGAACAAAACUCCUGCACCAGAUCCAGACACGUUUGCCAAACAGUUCAUGCCGACGUCUCCAACUUUGGUACCCAUGGAGAAGGCUGUAGUCAAUCUGGAUGACGGAAAGAAGCUUGUCGUCUGGGGGGACGACAUCACCAAACACAAGGCAGACGUCAUUGUCAAUGCCGCGAAUGCAAGGCUGGAACAUACCGGAGGGCUCGCAAAGGCGAUAGUUGACGCCGGUGGCGACAUAAUUCAACAAUUUUGUAACAACUACAUUCGAGCGAACGGCACGCUGAUUCCUGGGCAAGUAGUGGCCUCACCACCUGGGCGUAUAAACACUUGUCAACAGAUUCUGCAUGCGGUUGGGCCGAUUUGGCAAGGCGGGGGUAACGGAGAGGAAGAUGACCUUGCCGAUGCAGUCGACGGCAGCCUUGACGAAGCGGCUAAAAACAACUAUCGAUCAAUCGCCAUUCCUGCGAUCAGCUCUGGAAUCUAUGGAUACCCACUCAAAAAGUGUGCUGAAACGAUUGUGGCGACGACGGUUGAAUACUUGGACGACAAUCCAGAUACAACUCUAGAAGUGAUAGAGUUCGUCAACAUCGACGACCAGACGGCGGGCGCCUUCGUUGAUGCGCUGGUAGCAGCGUUUGGCGACGACAGAGUCAAGAAGAGUGACCGACAAGUUGGUCAAGCAACUACAAGAAAGCAGCCCAGAAAAAAUCGACGUGGGCGUGGGUCUCAACCGGGUGGUCCAUCUACAACAACACCGCUUGUAUUUCCCAGACAGACCAGGGAUCCUGUAGCUGAUGUUGGUUUUCGUACGACAGAAGGAAAGGCAAUCAUUGCCAUUCAAGCCAACAUUGCAAGUCAAAAUGUCGACGUUUUGGUGAACACUACGGCUGGCAACCUGGAUCUGAACACCGGCGCAGUGUCUAGAGCCAUCCUUCAGCUAGCCGGCACCAACCUGCAAGCCCUGGUCAACCGAGCCAAGCAGAGAGCGAGGAUCACAUCUCUGCCUGAUGGUCAGAUUCUCGUCACUGAUUCCGCAGAUCUGUCGUGUAAGCAGGUGAUCCACUGUGUCCUGUGCAGCUGGGACGGUGGGCAAGGGAACUCUGAAAAGGUUCUUCGCAAGAUCGUGCGUCAGUGCCUCCAGCAAGCUGAGAAGGGUAACUACAGUUCCAUCGCGAUUCCUGCGAUGGGUACCGGAGGACUCCGCUUCCCGCAUGACGUGGUGGCAGAGGCCAUGUUUGACGAGGCGGUGAACUACUGCAGAAAGCAUCCCUCUGGCUCACUUCGUGAAAUUCGCUUCAUUGUUUGGGAGGGAGACCCCAAAUCUAUCCCGGCAUUCAAUGAGGUUAUGUCGAAGUACAAGGCUAUGCACACUUCGGGUGCACCACAAUCUGCUCCUACUUCUGGUGCAGCGGCUCCACACACUGUCGGCGGAGCUGGACGUGGACGUAGUCGGCGAGGCGCUAAGAAAGGUGGAGGACGCCAAGCGGCUGGCCCUACCGACUCACCUGACUCUACGACACCGUAUCAACCUGGCGGCGCUACCUCCGCGGUGCGUUCUCUGUUUUCCGCCGUGUCCAACCCUGUGCGCGGAGAACUGCAGAUGUUCGUCGGUGACCUAACGCUGAACGUCCGCAAAGGAGAUCUCACCAUGGAGACCACAGACUGCAUCGUCAACAGCUCAAAUGAACAGCUAGACCUGACUCGAGGUGCUGUUUCCAAUGCAAUAUGUAAAGCUGGUGGACCUACAAUUGCACGUGAAUGCACACGCAUCGCUGCUAGCGGGGGUAUGAAAGGCGGCAUUGCAGUCACAGGAGCAGGGAAGCUCAAAUCUAACAAGAUCAUCCACGCAGCGGCACCGGCUAAAGCUACAGAUUGGAAGACGGUGAUCAUCAACUGUUUGCAGACGGCAGACUCGCUCGGACUUAGGUCCAUUGCAUUUCCAGCUUUGGGAACAGGUAUUCUGCAGGGAAGUGCGGCGCAAACUGCAACCACUAUGCUUGAUGCCCUUCAAGACUUUGUUCUCCAAUACAAGCCAACAAAACUCAACGAAGUUCGCGUUACCAUAUUCCAACAAGAGAUGGUGCGUACUUUCCAUGAAGAAAUGAGAAAGAUGGUUGGGCAACCUCUACCCAAGACCAAGGCAGCGAAAGCAUCUGGAAUCUUUGGAAGCAUCGGGAGAGCUGCAGCUGCAGGAUGGAGCUAUCUCACCGGAGGACAGACAACAAACACCGACAACCCGCCCAUCCCGUCAGCCGAUAACGUCGUCGUUCUUGUUAUCUACGCUGACCGUGCCGACAACAUCGUUGAAGCAAAGGCCAUGAUCAGCAAGAUCAUGGACGACGCUUCUAAAGAUGAAAGAAUCCCUCUAAGGAUCAAAUUAACGGAAGAGCUAAAGGAUCAUGUAAAAGGCAUCGCUCAGCGUCACGAUUGUUCGGUUACUUUUACUAGAAGCAUUAUCCGCGUGCAAGGUCGGUUGAUUGACGUAAUGGAAACUUCCCGCGACAUCAUGGAGUUUCAGCGGGAUGUCGAGACGAAGACCAACGAAGAAAAGCAUCUCAGCGACAAGGCGGAGCUUCUGCUGAAGACCGUGCAGUGGUACUACAUUGUCGAAGAGAGGCAGCCAUAUGACUCCAAGGUCAACUACAUAUUAGAGAAAGCCUACUUGGCCAACGAGACAGGCGUUGAUUUUCAAUUCGACGGAGAAGACCUGCACAUAGACCUCACGACAAUGAAGGAAACGGUGGUUGGCGACAGAUCGGCGGUUGCGAUCGACGUGAUUCGACUUGAAAAGGAAAAGGAAGGCAAUAUAAAGAUACCAGAAACCUGGACCGUCGUGUCAGAAGAAGAUCCGUCCAAAGCAGUCGAGCUGCAACCUUCAACAGAUGAGUAUAAGAAGGUCCAUGAUGAGUUCAUGAAGAGUAUCGCCACAGCCGCCCCUACUGCGGGAUAUUCUGCCAUAACAUCAGCAAAAGUACUAAAGAUACAACGCAUAGAAAAUGCCGCCCUGUGGAAGCAGUACAUGGUCAGAAAAAAGAAGAUGGAACUGGACAACGCAAAAAGUAGUCAGCCUGUCGAGCGGAUCCUGUACCACGGUACUCCUGUUGAUCCAAUCUCGAGCAUCAAUCGUACAGGCUUCAACCGCAGCUUCAGCGGCCGCAAUGUCGGUGCGGUUUUAGGCAAUGGCCCUUACUUUGCAGUAACGGCGAGUAUCUCCGGAGCUGACCAGUACGCACGACAAGAUUCCAAUGGCCACAGGUACAUGUACAUGGCGCGUGUGCUGUCAGGAGAUAUGUGCAAGGGGCAAAGGAACAUCAUCGUUCCCCCCGCGAAAGACUCGACCAAGCCACAUAUUACAUACGACAGUGUGUGUGAUAAUGCAACAACACCACAGAUCAUAGUCAUAUUCUAUGACUCACAGGCCUAUCCUGAAUAUCUUAUCACCUUCACCAAGUAAGAUAUUACUGCUUGCUCUGGUCCACUGACACACUGUCAUACUGUAGUAUACAAAUGCCAACUAUGCCAUCUUGCUGCGUGCUUCAAGCAAGUUUGCCAACAUACUACAUGAAACAGGUCUAUGCAGCAACUAACAGCAGGCAGCAAACAAAAGAAAAACAUUAAUUUUCACCAAUUUUCUUUGACUACUAUUGCAGUAAAAUUGUAUUAGAGUAUGAUUAAAACAAAGAACAACCCGAUUCGGAGAUCCUCCACCAAUUCUGGGAGGGCGAUAAUGCUACGUGAUAUCGUCCAUGCAUAACAUUCCACAUUCCCAUAGCCAGUCGGCUAUUCCUGCAUUGCUAUCUCAUUCUCAGUAAAUAUUCAUUGCAUUCUGUUGAAAUCAUUUUAACAUGUUAUCUAUAUAUCAUUUAAAGUAUUCUCCAAAUAAUCCUGAAUAUUUCUGGUACACAGUUGUUCACAACAUUAUGCUAGGACCAACUUUAUGCCAAAAAUUGACAUAACAUUUACAUUAUACUGCUGCACUUAGAAAUAAGCAAUUUUUGAAAUUAGUUAUUAGGUAAGUAAUGGCCAAAAAAUGAAAUCAACAAUUGAGUAGUAUGCUAAGACUGGCUCUUUUAAUAUGUUUUGCUGAAAAGUAGAUGAUAAUUUGAAAAAAUCGUCUUUCCUACAGUGCCAUUAACAAUAUGUAUUACACGUUAUCAAAAUAUCUCCUUGUACCCCCCAAAAUUGUGACAGGACUGGCCAUUUUAAAUAUUAUACAUGGUAAAUCUAUAUGUAACGCAGAAUAUGUAUCUUUAUGUUGCUUGUAGUUUGGGUUAAAAUACGAAAUAGCUUUCAGUUAUUUGCUGAUCAUGAAAACAUGUAGUGUCCGUAGAAAUGUGAGUAUAAAUGGUUCACUAAUUGGAAUAUAAAUGCCAUGGAUACAAACUCACUAUUCUGAAAAUUUAAAGAUGUUGGUCAUAUGACAGAAGCCACAUAUGUGGUGCUGUUUUAUUUUAAAUUCUAAUCAGGUAACCCAGAAUGACAACAGAUUUUCACUACAUUAUGAAAAACGUACCAAAAUUCGUAAUAUGUAUGUGAUAAUAUCUUAUCUCAUCAUUUGGGACACAGAUUAUGAUUAUGUUAUUGUCAUUGUUAUAAUAUAAACAGAGAUUUCUCUAGUGAUUAUGCAAAUACUUCUCAUUGUUUUAACAAUUCUUAUAAUUUUUGAAGCAACGUAUCUAAACGAUUGUUACUUCUCCUAUACUGCAUUUCCUUUUUUUAAAAUAAACAAAAAAAACUACUUUACAAGAAAAUUGUAUUUCAUAAUCUCAAACUUAAAGCAAAUACUUGAUCCAUCAAUUAGGCUAAGAAAACUUGAAAUUUAUGUGUAAUUUUUAUGCAAUUAUGAGUUUAUUCUUACAUAUACAAUAUAUGUGUUUUAUUAGAUCUCGAUGGUAGCAAUUAUAAAAACAUAAUGGCUUUCCUAAUGGCACAAGAUACUAUAAUACUGAUACUGUACUUCCUAUUUUAGCACUGUUCUACAUUGCGUAAAAGUUUACCUUUCAAUGUUAAUGCAUGUUAAUUAAAACAAGCUAGUAGAUGAACCUCUAUUGGAGGGAAGUAUGGCGUAGAGCGACGGCUUUGGGAAAAAAAGAAAUGGCUGUGACGUACACAAUGACUUGACUUUCUACAUUAGAAUGGACCAACCUUUAUAUCUAUCACAAUGCUUCUCAUUCUAAGCAUACUACUGAAAAACUGUUAUUUGAAAAAGUUAUCUUCGAAAAAUGUAUUAUCCACGACUGUCAAAUUCUUGUGUUUUGCCAUAGCCAUAUCUUUUAGUCCACGCCUAAAAAAUAUAGUAUGAACCAUCAUUCUCAUUAAGAAUAUGUAGUCGGAAAGUCUCUUAAUUAUUAUAACAUUUGAUUUUGAUCUUCCUAAGCUUGGUUUAGUAGUUUUUAAUCAUUUGACAUUAACUGACAGUGAAACCAUAGACUAAGGUUAUAAUCUGAUAGUAAAAGCUAUUACAAACGCCUAGUAUUUACAAAGCAUCAUUCAGUUAUUAUGUUGAUUUGGUUAUAUGGAUGACAUCCUCUGAGAACCCAAAAACUGAUGCAAGCGUGCGAAUAAAAAAAAAGAAAAAAAGUUUGUC